UAUUGAUUAAAUGUAAACAUUUGUAUUAUUUUCUUAGCUCCAUAAUACGUUGUUCUGAUUUUUGAUAAGUGAAUGUGAUCAAUGCAAAUGUAAUGUCUGUACGUAUUUUUUGUAAACGUUUGUUGGUUGAUUAAUACAAAAAUAAAAAGAAGUCAAGGGUUAUUGUGUAGUGUGAUAAACCCUCCGCAGCGCUGGGUGGCGACAACGAGCGGAUUCUGGCGAAAAAAACGCACACGUCUUUUUUGAGACAAGAGAAGAAGAAUGUAGGACCCCCUCCGAAGGAGACUACGAAGGACACUUGAUGAAAAGGGAAAAAGACCAUAACAAAGAACGGAAAAUAGGGGAAAAACAUGGAAUUCCACAACCACGCCUACACUUGCACCACUUACAACGAUGUCAGGCCCUUGGAGUUCAUAUAUAAAUGAGUUCCAAAGAAAUUCAAGACUUUGUGCAGCUGAGGGUUUCAAAUGAUUCCCUCUUCUCUGGCAGAAGCGACACUUCCAUGGGCGCAUGGAGUGUUGAAUCUCAAGCAAAUGGGAUUGCAACACAAGAUGACCCAUAGUCAAGCAUCCAAAAAAUGGGAAAACUUGAAGAAGAGGUACAAGGAGCUGAAGAACCCUCCUGAUGGGGUGAAAGCGUUCCCCGAAGCGUGGCCCCACUUCACACUGAUGGACGAUGCCAUAAAGGGUCGACUGGUAGGCAGUGCCCCUAUCCUCGAGGCUUCCCCCUCGCCCUUCUCCAGAGCCAAGAGGAGCUGGCUAUCCAUGGUGAUGACAUCCCCUGCAAUUUCAGUCGCAGACGGGAUGGAGAUCGAGGAUUCAUUGAACGGAGAAGAGGAGGAGGAGCGGGAAGGAAGCCGUAACAUAAAUUGCAUCAUGCGAGGGGUGGAGGACGAGCGGAAUGUGAUGAACGGCGAGAGGCAGGCGAUGGAAAGGGAGAAACAGUUGACAGAAAGGGAGCGGCUGGUACUGCAGAGGGAGAAGGCGGCACUGGACCGGGACGUCACCACUCUGGAGCGAGACCGAGCCUCGCUGGAGAGGGAGAGGGCGACGUUAGAGCGGGAGAAGGCGGUGUUGGAGAGGGAGCGGGCGAUGGUGGAGACGGACAGAGAGGCCGUGUCCCGGGACCGACUGUCUCUGGAGUGUGAGAAAGCCCGGAUGAAGAGACUUUGUGCACCGAAAGCGACGACGGAGGAGGUCGCUGAGCAAAGUGGCAAUGUGAACGACACUCACGUGAUGGACAUGGACCGGAAGGAACGGUUCCUUUAUUUGUUUGAAAAACUCAUUGAAAGUGUUUGAAUCACAAAACUG